GUAGUUUCCAUGAUAGCUGAGGAUUUGAAUCUUAAAACUGAUCUUAGACACAACAUACCUCUGCUUCGUUGUGAACACGUGUCCUUUUUAUCUGCUGUAAAGGAAAGUGUUGUUUCAAAACUCUCCCCUAGAGCUGUCGUCAUGAAGUGCUUGAAAGUGGAAGAAUAUAUCAAGCUGACUGCUUCUGUGAAAGAGACGGAUAUUUUACGUCAAGAACUACAGAAGUAUGUGAAGAGUCAAACCGGCCUCCAGGGUCGCACACUAUGUGACAGGAUCAUCAGAGCCUGCAACCAUCAACUCGGAGUUGGAUCUCCAACUUCUGACCAUGUCAGUGUGUUGGUCCAGCUGGUGGAGCUUUCUCUUCACGGCUAUGAUGUUUCUGAAGCACUUGUUGCUCAGAGCAGUCCGCUGUACAUGGAGAAGAUCAUUUUCCAUAUUGUCAAAAAGCUAAGCUCCCUUGAAGCUCACAAUCCAUGUAGCCAUGUAGCUGGGUUGCUUUACGGCAGGCUUUCUGCAGCUCAACAGGCUGAGGACUACUUUGUUGUUGUGCGAAGCUGCUUUUCGGUGCUCUGGAAUGGAUUAUCUGCAACCAAAGACAUAAAAAUCCUAAAUCCACACGACAAACUUCACUGCCAGAUGCAAGCUCUGAGCUUCCUCUUGCUGUUGGACACAGACAGUGCAACCCCAUCUAUCUCUAAAGCCCCCAUUUACACAGAGGAUGCCAUCACUGAAUUUGAGAGUAGCUUUGAAACGGUAACCAAGGACGAUGCUUCUUUUCUCCUUCAGAAAAUGCAGACGCUUUUCAACAGAUGUUGGACUGGCAGCGAUGGCGCUGGGUCCAAGCAGUUGUCUGUGGCAUCAAGUAUAUUUACACUCUCAGAAAUGGCACUGAUUAUAGUGAAGAUGCUUUGUAAGUUUGCCCACUAUGAUCUGGCCUCCACCUUUUUGAGUGAAAUUGAGAGCAAGGUCAAAGACUUAGCUGACUGUCAGUGUACAGCUGUGGUGCUCGGCAAGUGGGCGGUAAAGAUUCAUUCCACAGUGAAGGCCCGCGGUGAGAGUGGCCCGGCUCUGACGGAGUGUGCGAGGGCCCUGAGGUCUCUAUCAGCUGACCUGGGGGACAGAGAAGCUCACGCAGUCCUAGAAGCAUGUGGACUCGUGUUAUGGGCUGUCGAAAGUGACCACAGCAACGGAUUGAGCGGACCUGUGCUCCUGGCUUUGUUUUCUUUUCUUGAGGAGCACCAAGAACAGAUAAUAAAGGUUCUAAAGAAGAGUUCGACAUGCCAGGCUGAGCUCAGCAGACUGCAGCAGGCUCUCUGCAUCAAUAGCUACCAAGGCUUUGAAUUUGCCUACGAGAGCAUGGUGGCAUUACAGCUGGAGAACAGUGAAACCUUGGACAGAGUGCUGCUGUACUGCCAGGCCACAGCUGGACAGAUGAUGACUGAACUACGUAAACUGUCCAGUGAAAGGCUUCUCGUCAAAUCAGUGAUUGCUGUGAGCAACUUAGCUUGUGGAUUUUACAACCGGCGUCUCUAUGACCAGGCCUUAUCUCUGGUUGAAAUCCUCUGUCGGGAACUAAGCAAGAAUUGCCCCACCUCGCUCUGUGUCGAUAGGUUGAGCCGCCCGUUCAUGCUGGCUGUGCAGACGUCUCGGCGGGCCGGACAUCUGGAGCGGGCGCUGGACUGGGUCAUCCUGUGGCUGAAGGCUCUGGGGGACAACAUCACUUCUCACAUGGCUGAACCUGUCUCUCUGUGGGUGAAAACAAAGACUGACGCUGCCCGUAACUCUGAGGAGGACAUCCGUCUCAGGACAUUACAUGAUGGAUUUGGACCCGACGUCCCUGAUGAGCGAGUAAUGCUCUGCUUAUUGGAGGAAGAGCUGCGUGCCUAUAAGGAUGUGGCAGGAGACACGUCUCAGGAGCGUUACAACACACUCUGCGAUCUGUUGGACAUCUGCCAUGAGGACAGCUCACACACACAUCUGCGUGCUGUCUACCUCACUGAAAUGGCCCAAGUUGUGUGUUACCAGGAUUUCAGUGAACAGACUGACUGCACGACAGUGGAUUUCACCCAUGAAGCUCUACGGCUACUUGAAGAAGAACCAGAGACUCCGGAGAAUGCAGACAGGCUGAAGGAUGACAAGGCCCAUGCUUUACUCUGGCUCUAUAUCUGCACUCUGGAGAAAAAUCUUCAGGAGGGCAUUGAAGGGGACAAAACACUGCGAGAGUUAAGAGAGCAGUCACAAUGUUCAGCCAAUCCCAUAGGAACUAAUGAUUUAGAUUAUGAAGACAAGCAGAAAACACAGGACAUAAUUCUGGUCUAUGAAGGCCUGCAUUUCAACCUGGCUGCAGAGAACAAGCUGUGCAAACCUCUGGAAAGAGCCCUGGAUGAGUGGUCUGCUCUUCUGCAGAGUAAAGCCCUGCCUUCUGUCAGAAACCCCAAACAGACCUGUGGCUCCCUCGCUGUGACUGCGGCUCUCUUCAGACUCAUGGCAAAGCCUUUGAAGGCUCUGGAAGCUUACCAACUUGCGAUUGGACUUUCACGUGAACUCGCUGACGCCACUGGAUGUGCCACCUCCCUCUGUCAGUCAGCCAGCAUCCUUCUGGAUAUGGGCUCCCCUGAUCUGGCUUUGGCCCAACUAGAGCAAGCAGAGAAGUUUCUUACCUCUGUUCCCUCCGCUGAUGGACCUUCUUCUCUGUCUAUGACGGCCGUUCUGCUGAAAGCUCAGUACUGCUACAGCACAGGACAGGUGGAUCGUGGAGUAGCAUAUCUGUGUGAGGUGCUGAAAGAAAUGAACAAGCGGAGGCAGUCAAAGAGCUGGUACCUGCUGCGGGCUCGCACGCUCCAGACCUGCAGCUCCUAUCUGAGUUUGGACUCAGGUGCACUGCCACAAGCCCAGAGAAACCUUAUCACCCAGCACGGAACAAGAAGCCUGGACACUGCCCUGUAUGAGAGCCUGAAGCUUCUGUGCAGCCUGCUGGUCACUUUAGUGGGGAAGGGGCUAUACGGGACUAACAGCAGCUGCUCAGACACGCGCUUCAUCGACCAAGGAGAUAACUUGGUGCUGAAGUGGCAGCUGCUCUCAGAGCUGCUGAACUGCUCUAUGAAGAUGGUGGCUGUGAGGAGCAGCUGUGGAGCCAUCAAUGACGCCAGGCUCCAGUGUCUAGAAGCUUUGAAACUGGCCAUCAAGCUGCAAGCACUCAGCCACUGUGCGGAGCUACUGGUGAUCAAAGCCGAGUUGGAGCUGAUGCAGGGGGAGAAAGAUGAGAGUGGAUUUGAUUUAGACAAAGUCGGAGAUCUUCUGGACCUAUGUGCAGAUUUCUCUGAUCACGUGCAGAAGGCAGAAGUGAAAAUCAAACCUAGGAAAGGUCGCCCUGUGAAGAAGUCACAGUCGCCCCUUCCUGCUUUUGAGGAUGAUCUCAAAGACAUCCUGAGCACCAGGUGGUGUAACAGAGAGCCUAUAGUGAGGAAUCUGAGCUGCUCCCCCCCUCUUAAAGUCCAGCCUCGCCGCUGGCUCUCCUCCCUGGCCCAUGAACCGGCCUGCCCCUGCCCCUGCUGCUCUGAGCCCUGUCUGGGCCGCGCCACCGCCCGCUGGGCCGCCGCUGAGGCCGACCUCAUCCUCCAGCUCGAUCCCAACGACGCCAAAGUCAGUUUCAAACUUCAAUCGGCAACAUUAACUCGCUGCAAGAGUGUCGCUGCCAAACUUGGGGCAAAAUUGGCUAAACUCUUUCCUCCCCAUGGACCUUCAAAAAGAUCCUCUAAACCCUCCCUGAUGCAGGACGUGGUGGGCCGCGUCUACCUCCACAUGGCCCUGUCUGCACUGGAGCCAAGGCAUAACAAGGUUUGUGGGAUAUGGAAAGUACUGGAAGCUGGUUUGGCAUUUGUUGAUAACACAACUUCACCUGUGCUGAGACCCGUGAGAGCAGGCCUAAUGGCAAUCAAAGCUAUUGUGUCAUUGGUUACCUUGGCUGAGAAAAAGGGCUGCACUCCAGAAGAGCUCUUCUCAAAUGCUUGGACUUGGAACACAUCAAAGGAAGAUCUGAAAUCAGAAGAGAAAGCAGUGCUUCCCUCAUCCUUGCUUAAAAAGCCCAAAGGGUCCAUUAAAAACAUUCCUGACAAAACAAAGGAGGCCAAGAAGGUGAGGAUUGUCCCGCCCAGGAUUCAGGGGGCUGGCUCCUCCACCAAAGGAAAGUGGCUGGUUCCCAUGACGCCAGUAAGGGUGAAGCCUGACCUUGGAUCUUUUGGCUUUAACACAGUGGUGCCUACUUUGUCCUGUACUCCUAUUCCAAAGUUAAAAGCCCCUCCCACAGUGCAGAAAGCGCAGAGGACUGCCCCUAAGAUACAGUUCAAUGUGUAUGAAGAGUUGUCACCAGAACAGAAAAAAGCCCAACCCGUUCCUGCUGCCCCCAGACGCACAAAGAAAUCCUUUUUCAAGCUGGAUUUUAGCGAUGAGAGUGACACGGAAUCCAACACCCAAGCCGAGCCUAAAGAAAAAACCGAUGUCCCUAAAAAGCGAGCCACCACAAGAAGAGCUGCGCAGAACAGUAAAACGGCUCCAGACCCCCCUCCUGCAGAGAAGGUCCCAGCCAAGAGGCAGACCAGGGGGAGGAAGACCACCGCACUCUCUCGGUUGGUUUCUUCUGAGGAUGACGAGACUGUGGUCUGUCAGACUGCCACAGCAAGAAGAGGAAGACCCAGAAAGGAGCUGUCCAGGCCAGACCCAGAUUCACUGGAGAAGCCCGACAAGAUGCGGACCAUCGAGGAGGAAACCACUGGAGUUCUGGACAUCAGCAUGGAGCAGCUCAGGGCAUCAGACACUGAGACUGAGGACAAUCUUAGUAAAGAUAUUGAUUUCGAGGUGCUGCGGAGGGAUACGUGUUGUGCUUUAGAGAGAGACACCCUGUCUGAACUGAAGAGCAGAGGUCAUCUGAGAGAAGCUCCACCGACCCACCUCUCUCAUUCCGACACCAGGCCAGACAAUCUUUCUCUGGAGGAUGUUGAGUCGUUGCUCCUCUCAGCCUGGCUGGCCCUCCAGCACUUUCCCUGCCCCUCCAUCUACACCACCCUCUGUGCUUUACUUGCGUUGACCAAGGGACAGCAGGACCCCAUAACUACAGCGAUGCUGCACGCCCAGUCUUUGGGAAUCACAAGUCGUCAUCACACAAUCAGGCAUUUAGCUUGUUGUCUCAAAAAGCUGAAAAAGGCAUCCAAUGAGCUCACAGACAAAAUGGAUGCUCUGAGGCUAGGUGAGCCCGGCCCGAACGAUUCCAAGAACUCUACCGAACAGAGGCUGACGCAGUUGGAGAACAUCUUCUCCUUCCCAACUGCUGACUCAUCGUCUUUCCCCAAGAGCCACUGCCAAGAGUUUACCCAACAAAUGCAACACCUUCCCACAGGGGUGACGGUGUGUGUGCUCUCUGUGCUUGGAGUAAAACCUGGAGAGGUGGGUGACAGCAUCAUAUUGUCCCGCCUUGAAAAGGGAGCUGCACCGGUCACUGUUCACAUCUCCACCUCGAAACAACAGCACCCCAUCAGUUGGCUGGUGCAGGAGAUCGAUAGCAUUCAGGUGGCGCAGAAGGCUGUGAGCUGCGUGUCUGAGAAAGCCAAGUGGUGGGAGGGCCGCUGGGCGCUUGACUCUCGAGUUGAGCGACUGUUGAAGGAGAUGGAGAGAUUGCUGGGAUGCUGGAAGAGCUUUCUUCUACCUCUUUCAUCGGAUCCUGAGCUCUCCAAACAAUCCCGGCACCUUUGCAAGUCCUUAUCUGCAAAGGGAGUGACAGUUAGUGAGGACAUGUUAAAGGUUUUGCUUUCUGCCUCCCCUGAGCUCUCCCAAGCAGACCUAAGGAGAUUUGGUCUCGGAGUUUCUCCACAGUGGGACACAGAGUGUGAGCGGCUCCUUCUUACAGCUGUGACCCGGCUCGCUGACAGAGAAGAGCCCCGCGGCCAUGUGGUUCUCAUCCUGGACAAGUACCUUCAGAAGCUGCCAUGGGAGAGCAUCUCCAUGUUAAUGUCUCGCUCGGUCAGCCGGAUGCCUUCUCUGCACUCACUGAUUGGACUGAGCAUUCAGAAAGAGAAUGACUCUGACUCCAUCCUGAAGCAAGGUGUGGAUACAAAGCAGGUGUUUUAUGUGCUGAACCCUGAUGCCAAUUUAGAAAACUCUCAAGAACGAUUCAAGGAAUGGUUCAGCAGCAAACCGGAUUGGGACGGUGUGUGUGGAGUUGCUCCUGACUCGGGUCAGUUGGAAGAAGCUGUUGCUACCAAGGAUCUAUACAUUUACGUGGGUCACGGUGCAGGUGCACGAUUCCUGGACAGCCAGACGAUCCUGAAGCGUCAGAUGAGAGCGGCGGCUAUGCUCUUCGGCUGCAGCAGUGCCGCUCUGGCAGUGCGUGGGGAUCAGGAAGGACAAGGCAUCAUCCUCAACUAUCUCAUAGCAGGCUGCCCCUUCGUUUUGGGGAACCUGUGGGAUGUUACAGAUCGGGAUAUUGAUCGCUUCACCAAGUACUUGUUGGAGUCUUGGCUCUCUGCUGGGUCUGGAGCCCCCCUCCUGGAUUAUAUGGGCCCUUCACGCCAGGCCACACAACUGAAGUACCUCAUCGGAGCGGCUCCUGUGGUCUAUGGCUUACCACUUCACCUUCAGUAGAUGGACCUCAAACCCUUUUUAAUAUCUGGAUGUUAACAUAUUUUUAAAGUUGCAAUUUUUUGAGAAUAUGACUUUGACUUGUAAAUUAAUUCUUGUUUUAGCAAGAUCAAAGAAAUGCCUUCUCUAUAUUUAAACCAAUGCUUCCAUGUUUAAAAUGUUUUUACUGUGGUGUGAAUGAUUUUUAUUAUAUUGCUAUUAUUAGCAAUUGGUGUUGAAUGCAUUUUUUAUGUAAUCAAACAAUUUCAAUAAAAUGUGUUCUUGCAUACA